GUCCGCUGUGCACCUGCUGCAGAACUCCUUUGAUGGCCUCGCCAUAUCCUCAGUGGGCCACCCUAGGGCCUGGAGCCUCAGGGCACCCACCAGGGUCCUCCCUCUCAACCUCCAGCCUUCGUUCCCUCCCGAAUCUAUUCUAAAACGCCCUGCCCCAAAGAGCAACAGAGGCCCCGCCCCGGAUCACGCUAAUGAGACUCCGCGAGGCCCCGCCUCACGGGUUAUGCAAAUAACGCUCCCGGAGGCCCCGCCCCUCUCCCCGCCGCGGAGUCUGCGCUGCGCGGCGCCGCGCGGCCCGGCCGGCCGACGGCGUCUCCAUCUCUGCGUUCGCUCGCUGGCCGGCCGUCUGUCUGUCAGUCCCGCCGCGCCGGGGCCGUCUAGGUGGAGCCGGGGCUCAGGCGGCGGCAGUCUAGACCCGAGCAAGCCACGUGGAUGGGGCACUGGACCCAGAGUGCCUACCCUUACCUGCCUGGGCCUCAGUUUCCAAAUCUGUGCAAUGGGGGUGACCAUCCCUGCCCUGCUGGCCGCCAGGAGUGGCUGCCCAGCCUUCACCAUGGCGGGAGGGAGACCUCAGCUGAAGAGGAGUUUCUCCAUCAUUCCCUGCUUUGUCUUCGUGGAGUCGGUGCUGCUGGGCAUCGUGGUCCUGCUUGCUUACCGCCUGGAGUUCACGGACACCUUCCCCGUGCACACCCAGGGCUUCUUCUGCUAUGACAGUACCUAUGCCAAGCCCUACCCAGGGCCUGAGGCUGCCAGCAGAGCACCCCCAGCCCUCAUCUACGCCCUGGUCACCGCUGGGCCCACCCUCACGAUCCUGCUUGGGGAGCUGGCACGUGCCUUUUUCCCUGCACCACCGUCAGCCAUCCCAGUCACUGGGGAGAGCACCAUCGUGUCCGGGGCCUGCUGCCGCUUCAGCCCCCCGCUGCGGAGGCUGGUCCGCUUCCUGGGGGUCUACUCUUUCGGCCUCUUCACCACGACCAUCUUCGCCAACGCAGGGCAGGUGGUGACCGGCAACCCGACGCCGCACUUCCUGUCCGUGUGCCGCCCCAACUACACGGCCCUGGGCUGCCCGCCACCCUCACCGGACCGGCCAGGGCCCGACCGUUUCGUCACUGACCAGGGUGCCUGUGCUGGCAGCCCCAGCCUUGUGGCCGCUGCGCGCCGCGCUUUCCCCUGCAAGGACGCUGCCCUUUGCGCCUACGCCGUCGCCUACACAGCGAUGUACGUGACGCUCGUGUUCCGCGUGAAGGGCUCCCGCCUGGUCAAACCCUCACUCUGCCUGGCCCUGCUGUGCCCCGCCUUCCUGGUGGGCGUGGUCCGCGUGGCUGAGUACCGCAACCACUGGUCUGACGUGCUGGCCGGCUUCCUGACAGGGGCGGCGAUCGCCACCUUUCUGGUCACCUGUGUCGUGCACAACUUCCAGAGCCGGCCACCCUCUGGCCGAAGGCUCUCCCCUUGGGAGGCCCUGGGCCAAGCCCCCACCAUGGACAGCCGCCUCGAAAAGUUAAGUGUGGCCCAGGAACCCGAGGCCUGCAGGCCGCAUUCGACACCGGCACGGCUCACCCCAUCCAAGCCGCAGAACUGCGCCCACCGUGGCCACCUGAUCCCCAGCUGCGUGUCCUCUAGGGCUCCAGCCAUGUGUUCAUCACCCCGCGUGCCCCGCCCUCGACUGAGGUCUGAGCCAACACCCUUGCCUCUGCCCCUGCCCCUGCCAGCACCAACCCCCAGCCAGGGCCCCUCGCCCUCCUCCCCUGGGCUUGGGGGGCCGGGCGGGGGUGGUGGCCGUGGCCGGAAGCUGCUGCUGCCCACACCCCUUCUGCGGGACCUGUACACCCUUAGUGGACUCUAUCCCUCCCCCUUCCACCGGGACAACUUCAGCCCUUACCUGUUUGCCAGCCGUGACCACCUGCUGUGAGGCCCAACACCCACCCAGAAUCUGCCCAGUCCCCAUUUCUUCCCUGCCACGCGUGUGUGUGCGUGUGCUGUGUGAGUGCCAAAGCCCUUGUCCCCAAUCCAGCCAGGCCCAGACAUCAGAGGAUGGCUGGAAGGACAUCCAGGGGACCCCCUGCCUCUCUUGCCCUCUGGGACAUCCAAGUGGGCAUAAUUGGGAGAUGGGUCCUUGCCUCCUAGGAUUGCCCUUUUAAGGGCCAAAGCCUGACUCUACUGGCCAUUGCCUAGCCAAUGGGAGUCCCCCAGUUCUCAGAAUUCUGGCCAAAAGGAGUUUACUCCAGCCAAUAGGAGCCUCCUCAUCAUUUCUUAGAAUCCUCAGGCAAGAGGGCAACUCUAGCCAGUGUUCAGCGUCUGAACAAUGAAUAGGAGUCCUUGGUUCUCAGAAUUUCUAGGGUGGGUGGGUAUGAUUCCAGUCAAUGGGGGACCGCCCAUGUCUAAGCAUGUGCAAAGGAGAGGAGGGAGAUGGGGUCAUCUUUUGUCAUCGGGUCCUCUCUCCUCAGAAUCAGAGAGUCCAACUGGAGGGUGGGGGGCAGGCUCCCCCGUGGCAGGGUCCUUGGGGUACCCCUUCCUCUCUCAGCCCCUCCCUCAUGUGCAAUCUCUCACCCAGUCCCUCCUAACUCCCAACUUAUGCAGGGCUUGCCCCAGUUCAGAGGUUUUGGAGUUCAGGGUGCUGCAUCCUUCCUUGCCUGUGCCCAGGUCACCCCAAAUCCUUCUGUUAUUUAUUAGGGCCGUGGGGAAGGAGUUUUUUUUUCUUAGAACCCACCCCUGUUCUUCACACUGCCCCCCAUGCCUCAGCCUUGAACACAUGUGCCAUCAUAGGGGCACAGGUGGAGCAAAGAGGGCGCCCCACCCCAGGCAGCCGAAGGCAGUGGGCAGGGGAGACACUGCCCCCUUUCCCUGUCCCCUCCUCAUCUUUAAUAAAGACCUGUUUGUAACAGAAGUUUGGCCACCUGCCUUCCUCCCCCAGGUGGCAGGGUGUGGAGGACUUUAAUUUUGGGUCUAGGUGUCAGUGAGGCUGGGUGUGAGUGUAUUGUCACAGGGCGAUUGUGGAGAGGCAGCAUGGGGCUGUGGGGUCCGUGACUUGGCUUUAAAUCCUGGCUCAGCAUUUCCUGGUUGUGUGGCCUCAGGAAAGUUAAUUAACCUCUCUGUGCCCUUGUUUCUUCAUGUCACAUUCGAACAGCCCUACAAGCCGCAUGUAAGGCACACAAACACACGGUGAGGGGCCUCACAAUGACUGCCUUCCCCAGGCGGCUGGUCUGUUUCUGACCAUGGCCAGGGUGCAGAGGGCACAGGGAAUCGGGUGAGGGGACCCUAAGGGUUCUAAUAGAAGGGGAUGCUGAAGGCUGUAGGAACCUCCAAGCUGAAUCCCUGACUACAUGGAUUUGAGCAGGGGUUCUGAUUAUGAGGUUCUGCUGGGAACCAAUCCCUGAGGACCCAGCAGAGACCAGGGAAGGUAGGAGGGACACAGAGCCACAGACCACCUCCCCCCCCUACACACACUGUGGCUCUUAGGGACUUCAGACAGGCCAUUCAGGGCACGGAGUCAUCAGAAACCAGGAAAGGGGAGUCUGCUUUCCUUCCUUUCUCGUUUAUUCAUCCAUCCAUCCAUUUAUUCAUUCAGCAAACACUAUAGAGCACCCCCACCCCCCCCACCCCCC